CUUACAGGCAAAAAACGACGUCAAGGGGCAGAAUAGCUCGAUGGAUGGCGUGUAAAUUUUGAAAGCAAGGAGGGUAUAUAUGUAAUCUAUCCGCCUGCACAACUGUAGGGUUCGCAUACUUUCUUCCCAAUUGAAAAACCAAAAACAGUGGUGUGCCAUUUACUCGCUUACAGAGACGAUCAAAAGUAUCACAGAAGAUCAAUGGAGAAAACUGAUUGAAGGGAGGUUCAUAUAUAUAAGGAACUCUUAAGGAAAUGGAGAAUUGGGAGCUUUCCAAUGGGCAGUCAGGCACUGGGAGGCAUGUCUUUUCAGUGGAUACGCUGGAAAGGUACGCAUCUAAGGGGCAUGGAGCAAUUACAUGCAUGGCUGCAGGAAAUAAUGCUAUUGUUUUGGGAACUAGCAAAGGAUGCGUUAUUAGACACGAUUUUGGAGGUGGUGAUUCUUAUGAACUUGACCUUUCUGUUAGUAAAACUGGUGAUCAGCCUGUACACAGAGUUUUUGUGGACCCUAGUGGCUGGCAUUGUUUGGCUACAGUCUUGACCAGUGGAGGAGCUGAGACAUUCUACAUGCAUGCAAAGUGGCAAAAGCCUAGAAUUUUAAACAAAUUGAAGGGCCUUGUGGUGAAUACUGUCGCCUGGAACAGGCAACAAAUAAAUGAAGCUACUACAGGGGAAACCAUUCUUGGUACAGCCAAUGGCCAACUUCAUGAGAUUUUUAUGGAGGAAAGGGAUAAAAAAGAGAAGUAUAUUCGGUUGCUUUUUGAACUAAGUGAGCGUCAGGAAGCCUUCAUGGGUUUGCAGAUGGAAACAACAAGUUUGAGCAGUGGGACUAGGUAUUAUGUGAUGGCUGUUACUCCUACCCGGCUUUUUCAAUUUAUGGGCAUAGGAUCAUUGGAUGUUGUGUUUGCUGCCUAUGCUGAUCGUUCUGGGCAUUUUAUGGAGAUUCCUUGGGAAAUACCCAACAGCGAACUUCACUUCUUUAUCAGGCAAAGAAGAGCUGUGCAUUUCGCAUGGCUUUCUGGAGCUGGUAUUUACCAUGGUGACCUAAAUUUUGGCACAAAACACAGCAAUGGAGAUGAAAACUUUGUUGAAAACAAGGCCCUAUUGGAUUAUUCAAAAUUAGGUGAAGCUGGAGAAGCUGUUAUUCCUCGCUCUUUUACCUUAACAGAGUUUCAUUUUCUAGUUCUUAUUGGAGAUAAGGUUAAGGUUGUUAAUCGAAUUAGCCAACAAAUCAUUGAGGAAUUACAUUUCGAUCAUUCCCCAGAAUCAACCGCCAGGGGGAUUAUUGGAUUGUGUAGUGAUGCCACAGCCGGAGUGUUCUAUGCCUAUGACGAAAAUUCGAUCUUUGAGGUUUCAGUUCGUGAUGAGGGCCAAGAUAUGUGGAAAGUUUAUUUAGAUUUGAAAGAAUAUGCUGCGGCAUUGGAGCACUGUAGGAAUCCAUUCCAAAGAGAUCAAGUAUAUCUCGUGCAGGCUGAAGCUGCUUUCUCUUCAAAAGAUUUUCAUAGAGCAGCAUCCUUCUACGCGAAGGUGAAUUAUUUGUUAUCAUUUGAAGAGAUCACUUUGAAAUUCAUUGGAGUAGGUGAACAGGAUGCCGUGAGGACUUUCUUACUAAGGAAGCUUGAUAAUCUUGGUAAGGAAGAUAAGUGCCAAAUGACGAUGAUCUCAACAUGGGUUACUGAGCUGUACCUUGACAAGAUUAAUCGACUAUUGUUGGAGGAUGACACGGCCGGUCUUGAAGCUUCAACGAUUGAUAGUGGAAAUUCAGAGUAUCAAGCUAUUCGAAUGGAAUUUCAGGCAUUCCUGAAUGAUUGCAAGGAUUUUCUAGAUGAAGCAACAGUAGUAAGACUACUAGAAAGUUAUGGUAGAGUAGAUGAGUUGAUCUAUUUUGCGAACCUCAAGGAGCAGUAUGAGACUGUGGUUCACCAUUAUAUUCAGCAAGGAGAGGCAAAGAAAGCAUUGGCUGUGCUUCACAAACAACGUGUACCUCUAGAAUUGCAGUACAGAUUUGCUCCAGAUCUGAUAGUGCUUGAUGCAUAUGAGACUGUUGAACUGUGGAUGGCUACAAAGAAUUUGAACUCAAGAAGGCUGAUCCCUGCAAUGAUGCGCUAUUCUAGUGAACCUCAUGCGAAGAAUGAGACCCAUGAGGUUAUAAAAUAUUUGGAAUUCUGUGUUCAUCACUUGCAAAAUGAGGAUCCUGCUAUACACAACUUGCUACUUUCUUUGUAUGCAAAACAGGAGGAUGAUAGUGCACUCCUUCGUUUUCUCCAAUGCAAGUUUGGCAAGGGGAGGACUUCUGGGCCUGAGUUCUUUUAUGAUCCUAAGUAUGCUUUACGUUUAUGUCUCAAAGAAAAACGAAUGCGUGCUUGUGUCUACAUAUAUAACCUACUAUAUUGGCUAUUAUCUUUGAGUGAACAAUUUGAUAUUUAUAAAGUAGAUCCAGAGCUUGCUAUGGCAGAAGCAGACAAGGUUGAAGAUGAUGAAGACCUAAGGAAGAAGCUUUGGCUUAUGGUUGCAAAGCAUGUCAUUGAACAGGAGAAAGGAGCAAAAAGGGAAAACAUACGGAAGGCAAUAGCAUUUCUUAAGGAAACCGAUGGCCUUUUGAAAAUUGAAGAUAUCUUGCCAUUUUUUCCAGACUUUGCGCUUAUUGAUGAUUUCCGGGAAGCAAUCUGCUCAUCACUGGAGGACUACAAUAAGCAAAUUGAGCAACUGAAACAGGAAAUGAACGAUGCAACUCAUGGGGCCGAUAAUAUAAGGAACGACAUCAGCACUCUAGCUCAAAGAUACGCUGUUGUUGAUCGUGAUGAAGAAUGUGGGGGAUGUGGACGUAAGAUUUUGACAUCUGGAGGUGCACAUAGGAUGAGAGGCUAUACAUCUGUGGGGCCAAUGACUCCAUUUUACGUGUUUCCCUGUGGGCAUGCCUUCCAUGCAAACUGUCUCAUUGCCCAUGUCACCAAGUGCGCAGAUCGAGCCCAGGCAGAGUAUAUAUUGGAUAUGCAGAAGAAGCUUAGUUUACUUGGUAGCUCAGAGACAAAGGAUUCCUCCAAGGGUUCUACAAGUAACACUAAUGAGGGCCCUCCCACAUCCAGCAUAACACAUGCGGACAAGCUCCGGUCACAACUAGAUGAUGCUGUUGCUGGUGAGUGUCCGUUCUGUGGUGAACUGAUGAUCAGAGAGAUUGCUUUGCCAUUUAUACUCCCUGAUGAGGCUCAAGAGGUGGCUUCGUGGGAGAUAAAGCCACAGCUCGGCAGCCAGCGUAGCAUGCCCAUAGCGAUUUAAUACCCGAAAUGUAAGAAUUAUGUUGUGUUUCUCUCUCGUUUUCUUUUUUAUUGUUGUUGCAAUGUAUUGUAAUAUAAUGCUGUCUUUUGAUUUGUUGUACUAUUGAGUAUUUGGCCAUUGGAUAGCAUAAGUAAAGGAUUUGGAAAUGUGCCACUGUCGCAAAGUGGUUGUAUUGGUGGAGAGUGAGCACAAAAAAUGAUUUUGCAUAUUUCCUUAUGGUUUUGAUAUUGAAAUGGCUGCUUACUGA